CUUUGUGUUCUCGCGAUACUUCACGGGAACUCGUACUGUUAUGGCAGCUGGAGACGAAAACGCUAAUCCUGAUUCCGCUACAGUUUGGGACAGAAACAGUCUCGCAAAUGAUUCGUUUCAAGACAGUUUCCAAACAAGGGUGUUUAAAAUAAUUGUCAUCGGGGACUCGAAUGUUGGAAAAACGUGUUUAACCUACAGGUUCUGUGAAGCUAAGUUCCUUAAAAACCCAGAAGCCACAAUCGGAGUUGACUUCAGAGAAAAGACCCUGGAGCUGAAUGGAGAAAAUAUCAAGUUGCAGAUUUGGGAUACAGCAGGACAGGAGCGAUUCAGAAAGAGUAUGGUGGAUCAUUACUACCGCAGCGUUCACGCUGUGAUCUUUGUUUAUGAUGUAAGCAACCUGGCAUCCUUCGAAAGUCUGCCCGAGUGGAUUGAGGAGUGUAGGCGGCACUCAGUUCCACUGAACGUGCCCCACAUCUUAGUGGGGAACAAAUGUGACUUAGGAAGAGGAGAGGUUCCCACCUCACUGGCUCAGCGGCUAGCUGAUAGCUAUAAUUUCCCCCUCUUUGAGACGUCUGCCAAGGACCCUGCUGAGAAGGAGCAUGUGGACGCCAUUUUCCUCACCCUGGCCCACAAGCUGAAGAAUCACAAGCCUCUGAGGCUGAAACAACUAAGUGGAAGCAUUGCAACACCUCUGACCAGUGAGCAGGAAGAGAAGAAGCUCUGUUACUGCUGAAAGACUGUGGCCUUGUAUAACCCAGUUCAAAUGAUGAUGAUAUGGAAAAAUGGUCAUGCUAGAUUUUGAAAGUUUUGCUGUUCUUCAAUGGAAUGGAAAGGGCUUGCAUUAUUAACUAUGUGUAAUUAUCAAAGAGAAGCCAGUAUUAGUGCUUACCAAUAAAUCAGUACAGUGAUUAAGAGGAACAACAUGGCAGUAUUAAUGAAGCAAACAACUGCAAAAGGUUUGCUAAAGAAAAUGAUCAAAUACUUACAUUUGAGUUAUAUUAAAAAUGCCUUCGAUGAAGAAAACAUACUGUCAAGCAUAUCACUUAUUGUUAAUAUUUCACAUAUCCAUGCUAAGCAAACUUGAGUUGCUGUGUGUGAAAAUGUUGCAUUUGUGUUCAUGUUUGUUGUCACUUAAUGUUGUGAAAAUUUAUCUGAGCCAUAAUUCAGCAAUUUUAAAGUGAUAUUUCAGGAGAUCAAAUGGGAACCAACUGAGUGUGUUAAUUAUUUGUUGAUAACACACUAUAUAUUACAGAUAUUUGAACACUUCAUAAUUCAUCCCUAUUUAUAAAUAAUCACUAUUUUACAUGAAUGAGCUGCAUCUGUUCAAUGGUACUUAAGAAAAUUUGCUCUGAUUAUCUUGCAUGAUUGAAACCAUGCUAACUAUGGAUUUUUGAUUAAUUACACUAUUUCAUAGAGUUAAACUGAUGUCAGUCAACACUAUAUAGUGAAAUUUAGUAGAUUGAUCACAGUUGUAUCAGUGAAUAAUACCAGCUUGCUGGUUUUAUACAGUAGUUUAGAAUGAAGAAUGCCAUUAAAAUAUUCUCAAAGCUUGCUCUUUACAUGGAUUAUACUCACAGCACAGCUUGAUUAAUGAACUAAUCCCUCCCACCAUGCGAAUUAAAAAAACAGACUCUUAGUUUAAAAUUGCCUUAUAGAAUUGAAAGAUUAAAAAAAAGAGCUAGUUUCUGUUCCACUAGGGGCAAAAAUGAGCAAUAACCUCAGAGACAAAAGUUACUGUCUUCCCAGAUGUUUUUUCCACCCACAUUUGUUCUGAGCUGUGUGAACCAAAAUUUUUAUUCAUUCUUUAAAAGUCCAUCUUGACCAAUUUUUACCUUCUCGCCUUAAUCCUGAACAGCUGAUAAGGAACUGUUUUUGUGUUAUAAGCUUGUAAUUGGUUGUGUUUGAAGAAUGUGAUGUUUCUGUGAAUCGUUAUUGAUUGUUCACACUGAGAUAUAAGGCACUUUGGAUGCAAAUAUGAACCUUAAAGGCAGCACGAUUGGAUCUGAACGUUAAGGUUUGUAAUGUGACUGCACACUUAGUCUUCUCUUAAGUUAGUAAUUUCCUAAAAUGAUGCCUCUGUUGCUGCUGAUGUCAUUUCAUAUGACUGUAACUACACAACAAACUUGUUUAAAUCAUUUAUUUAAAUGGUUAUAAAAUCAUCAGCACAAGGUCUAUUAGUUCAUGUGAACGCAUGGUGUUAUUUGAGAAAAAAAAAUACAUGAUUCUGAAUCCUGAGUGCGAAAGCUUCUGUAAUUCAAUGAAAAUAAUCCGUUUUUGUUUUUGUCAUUUUAGGAUGUUUUUAGUAAUAUAAACAAAAUGCUCUGUUUUGUAUAACCCAUGGUUUUUUGUUGUGAUUUAUGCAAUAAAACAGACUUAAAUGCUUUAGUCAAUACAUAAAAUAAAUUAAAUAUAUAUAGUUUCCUGUUUAUUUUGCUAUUUCUUUUGAUGACAAUUGGGCAUGAAUAUUAUUAUGUGUU